AUGCUUUCCUUUGACGGAAUUAACAAGAGAAUAUACCCCAGCCUGGGACCCAUUUGGAGGUAUCUACCUGGUUUUCCCGCAGGACGCGCCGCCGAGAUCUCCUUCUCCUUGUGCUGGAUGAGCAAGGACGUAGCUCUGGAAAGGUUAAAUGGAAACCUGUGGCUCAAUGACACGUCCCUAAAACGCCUCAGUAAGGGGGGGAAAGUGACCUCCCUGACGGUGUCCCCGGCUGUUGAAAACAAGCUCACACUGCAGUAUGGAGGCUCUGUUCAGGCAUGGACUGUAAGAGUUGACCCACGUACAAAAUUCACUAAGAUCCGAGGCCUGCAGAAACCCCUAAAGCAACCAGCAAGUUUCACCAAGGACUUCCUGGAGAAGAUGAGUCCCGAUGAAGUGUUUUCAUGUGAAAAUGGCACCGUGUUCUUCCACCAGGAUGAAAACUUCUUCCUUGCAUUCGGCUACACCAUGCGUCUCCCAGUCAAGCUGGAGUCCAGGACUACCUCCGAGUUGCAGGUCUCCUGGGUGGACCCCCACCCAGCAGUCAGCAGAAGCCACACGAUGACCCUGUAUAACACUGACAUGGGCUCCUAUAAAACUCUGAGCAUGGACAGCCCCACCAGCGGCCUCUACCACUUCACGGCUCUGGACUCCUGCAGCUGCUACGCGGCCUGUGUGGAGCCCGCAGCCACCCACACCUUCACCUGCCUCUCCACUAUUACUGACCCAGACAUUCCCAAGGACUUUGGGGUGACAUUGUGGAACAGCAGCAGCAUAUCGCUGGCCUGGGACUACCCUGAGAACUGCAAGUUCUCCUUCUUCCUACUCACCGCCUUCUACCUCAGUGGCACAGACCAGAUCACAGAGGAGGUGCUCUUCUGGCACAAGGAGGACACCUUUGUGUUCGUCCUGUCCGACCUGGAGCCCUGCACCAGAGUUAGGUUUGGCCUGCAGACGGUCUGCCAGGCGGGGAUAGAGUCCCGCUACAGCAAGAUGGUCCUGAACGAGGGCAACUCUGUUCACUCCACCAUCGAAGCAUUGUGUCAGACAUCGUACGGCCCCGACAACUACACCCUGAGCUGGGAGGCCCGGAACACCUCGUCCAUCUCCAUGUUCAGAGUGUACCACGACGGGGAGCUGCAGGGCACCACGCUCAUCACCAGCUUCACCGUGGGGGGGCUGCAGCCAUGCCAGCAGCACCAGGCUACGGUGGAGGCGCUGUGUGGGGACGGCGUGCUCAUGAAUGCCAAGACAGUUGCAGCACACACAGGACCUCUGGGGGUUUCUGAGCUCAGGUAUCGCUCCAAAGACUCGAGCGCCCAGUGGAAACCCCGCACCACGCACCAGCCUGGUGUUGCCUUCGCAUAUGAACUGUCUCUGGAGAACGGCGCCACCAUCCAGACCAGCCGGGUGACUGACACACAGCUGCCUCUGCCAGGGCUGGAGGAAGGGAAGACCUACGCCCUGGACGUUUGGGAGGAAUGUGACGGACAGUGGGAGUCUAAACGAUCUCAUGUGUGUUUUGAGGGAGCUAAUUCAUCCUUAAAGCACUUUGGGAGGGCUGCUGGAUCUCCGCUGGACCAAGAGCCGCCGGUAGACCCUUUCAGCAUGGCUCUCACAAUGGUCGUGCCCUGGUCCCUGCCUGAGGAUCUACUAGAUGACGGGUCGGGACCCAGAGCUGAAAUGGGGAAGACUCUUCAAGAUAAGCUACAGGAGAUGUUAAACGACUUUCAUCUGCCAGCCCGCGUUGAGCUGGUUGCCAUUGAACCUGCAGGCGAGCCAAACAAGACGGACAUCCUGUUUAUAUCUUUUGAUGCAUCCAAAACUGAGGAAGACGUGCCCCUGCCUGUUGAAGAUCAGCUGGACUACAUUCACUCCCUGAAUACAGACCACAUGGCGGUUGCAGAUGGGCUCAUUCAUUGGGAAGGUCCUGAUCUGUGUGCUUCCUCCAAGCGAACGUUGUGUCCUCCUAACUCUCUGUGCAUCAACACCCUGGGCUCCUACGCCUGUUUGUGCCAACAUGGCUACUACGAUGUGAGCUCCGUCAUCGAGCCUCCUGUGGCAUCACAUCCAGUCUGCAACGAAAAAGGACUUUUCAGUCACUGUCUGGGUAAACUGACGGGUGGCAUAGCCAAACCCUACCUGGCUUCUUACAUCGGGGGAAAGUUAGAUGUCAGGCUGAACGAUGGCUCGUGCACUGUGGUCGAGAGUGAGAUGUUCUACCACUUCCGCAUCUCGCGAAAAGCCUCUGAAUGUGGAACUGAGAGGCGGGUGAACAAAACCCACAUCCAGUUCCUAAACACGCUGACUGUGACCAUCAGAGAUCAAACCAUCACCCGCCGGGAUCUAAAAGUCGUCUGGAAGUGCGUCUACCCGCGACAUUACAUUCGCCACGCUCAAGUCGGCGUGGAUGUGGAGUGGCUCUCCUCGGUCUCCCUGGUGGCGUUGAACUCCUCCCUGCAGCUUGGCCUGACCAUGACCCUGUACGCGGAUGAGUUGUACGCCCACAGCUACAGGGAUGCCAUCACCUUGGGCCCUGAGGACACGCUGUUCUUCCAGGUGGCCCUGCAGACCAACAACUCCUUUGCUUCAGACGUGCUCCUGCAGGUGGAAUCAUGCUGGGCCACUGAGAGCCCCGACCCCCAGGACACAGUCCAGGGUGUUCUUCUUCAGGAUGGCUGUGCUGUUGACACCACGUUCCGGUGGCUCUCUGUGAACGGUCUGGCCCAGAGCAGCAGGUUCUCCCUUCAGAUGUUCUCCAUGCCCAAAGGGUUGCCCAUCUACAUGCACUGCCUGGCCAACAUCUGUGUCCAGGAUGAAGACUGCACAAAGAGUUGCAGCAGUCAGCAGCGCACCAAGAGGUCCCGAAGAGGGAGCCGGAUGGACCCAGAGAGGACCCAAGCUGCUGUAGUCUCUGCUGGACCCCUGGUGGUCAACAGGAGGGGGACGUCAGCAGUCCCCCAGUCUUACUGGCCAGAGCAUAUGAUCUCCAUUGUGGCCGGGUCAAUCGGCUUUUUGGGAGUAACCGUACUCUCCGUGAGUGCAACCAAAGCAAUCAUGACUUACUAUGAGCGACUACGGCUGAAAUAAAGUGUUUGGAACACCA